AAAGGACAGCAAACAUAAGUUGUCUUGAGAGUAUUACAGAUUCUUUACAAAACCCCACUAAUCCGAUCGUCAGAGCAAAUUGAAACCCCCCUUUUUUGUAUUAUUCUGGAUCACUUUACUGAAAUGGUGUAUAAUUGAGAAGUUAUCUCACGAUAGAGAGGAUGAGAGGAUCUUUAAUUUCACUUUUGCGCUUUUUGGCCGUAAUUCCAGCGACAUUUGGGGCCCUAUCGGUCCUCCCGCCGCCGUCAACGACUUCCAGUUCCUCUAUUCCGGAUCAACUUCAGCUUCCGCCGCCGCUGCCAGCGAAGAUCAACUCAACACCUAAACAGGAUGCUAUAUUGGUGGCUGCUCCAGAUGGCACGUUAUAUCAAGUGGAUAUCAGUUCGGGGAAAAUUCUUUGGUCCUUCCCAUCUGGUGCACCAAUUUAUGAUUCAAAUCAGGAACUUAAUUUGGAGGAUGAUGAGCACAAUUCCUCUAAACAGCAUAAUAAGUUCUAUAUAGAUUGUGGAGAUGACUGGCAACUCUACAUCCAUGGCAAGAACUCUAAAGCAGAGAAACUUCCAUUUGGUGUCGAAGAAUUAAUUGGACGUACACCACAUGUUUCAGUUGAUGGAGUUCUGUUAGGGUCUAAAAAGACGACCGUAUUCCUUGUUGAUCCCCAAACUGGUAAUGUCGUUUAUACUUUCAAGUCAGAUGGGGGUCAGAGUUUCAAACCGAAUUCUAUAGUACUGAGAAAAGAUGCCGAGAAAUGGAAGGAGCCAACCAUGUUGGAAUUUGACCCAGUUGACCAUGAGCAGCUGCUCUACAUCAAGAGGUUUGAUUAUGAGCUAACUUAUUCUUCAUCAACAACCGGCAAUGUUUUGUGGUAUCUGAUGUUUGCUGAUUUCGAGGCUUCUCGACAAUGCCGUGGCUCUAAUAACUUCUUAGGGGGAAUAAAGGGUGAUGCUCAGUUACAAGAGUUUUGUCAGUCAAACCCUCGUGUUUUUCGAGCCCGUGAUCCCCGCGAAUUGGAGUCAGUUUUUAUGGUUAAUAAGAUACAAAUGUCCCUCCAUGGUGACAAAAUGUUCGCUCUACCUCCUCCAGAGGAUGAAACGAGUUUUCUAUCUGCUCCAAAUCUGCUACCAAAAUCUCUGAUCAUCAAUCAAGAAACACCAUAUCAACUUGUUCCAUAUCUGCCACCUGAUAAAGCCAUUGAUGAGUAUCGAACUAAUGUCAGCAUCCCUCCUGAAUAUCCGGCAAGUUUUCAUGUGUGGUUGCGCGGUUGUUUGGUUGCGGCCCUCUUUUUCUUCAUACCCCUAAUUUUAUACUGUUGGAAUUUCUGGAGGAGGAAACAGAAUAAGCUAAAUGAGCUGGCUAAAGAUGCUAAGGUGCAAAAUGUAACAUCAAAAAAGAAGAAAGCCCGGAAAUCUGGAAAUAGUAGGCUCUAUACCAAUACUGAGAAAAUAGUCAACGGGCUUCGAUAUCCUGAGAUAAGUGAAACGAGUACUAACCGUAAAAUCGGUAAGUUAUUGGUUUCCGACAAAGAAAUUGGGAAGGGGAGUAAUGGUACUAUCGUACUGGAGGGAAUUUAUGAUGCUCGGUCCGUUGCUGUGAAACGAAUUGUAAAGGUGCAUCAUGACGUUGCUUUGAAAGAGAUUCAGAAUCUUAUUGUAUCUGAUCAGCAUCCUAACAUUGUUCGAUGGUAUGGUGUGGAGUAUGAUCAAGAUUUCGUUUAUAUUGCUCUCGAGCGUUGCAUCUGUAGCUUACAUGAAUUGGUAUUGUCACACACCAAUUCGACUGUCCAAUUGCAACUGACAACGAAACUUCUCUCGGAUUUCAAAUUAUGGAAGCCCAAUGGGCAUCCUUCGCAGGUGUUGUUGAAAGUAAUGAGGGAUACGGUUACCGGACUUGCUCAUUUGCAUGAACUUGGAAUCAUUCAUCGGGACCUAAAGCCUCAAAAUGUCUUGAUACGCAAAGAUAAGUCUAUUAGUGCAAAGGUCUCUGAUAUGGGUAUUAGCAAACGCCUACCUGCUGAUAUGUCUUCUUUAACCAAGAGCGCAACAGGUUAUGGCAGUUCGGGUUGGCAAGCACCCGAGCAACUUCGCAAUGAACGACAAACCCGAGCUGUGGAUUUAUUCAGUUUUGGCUGCCUGCUUUUCUUCUGUAUCACUGGUGGUCGACACCCAUUUGGUGACAUGCUUGAGCGUGAUAUAAACAUUGUAAAUGACCGAAAAGAUCUCUUUUUGGUAGAUAAUAUUCCUGAAGCUUUCGACCUCAUCUCCAAUCUUCUACAUCCUGACCCAGAAUUCAGACCAAAAGCCGCAGAAGUAUAUAAUCACCCUCUCUUUUGGGAUUCAGAGAUGCGUCUCUCGUUUCUUCGAGACGCUAGUGAUCGUGUAGAAUUGGAGGAUCGUGAGACCGAUUCCAGUCUCUUGAAAUCACUAGAAAGCAUCGGUACAGUCGCUCUAGGUGGCAAAUGGGAUGAAAAAUUAGAUAACACCCUCCUCAACGACAUCGGCCGUUACAGAAAGUACAAGUACGAUAGUGUCCGUGAUCUAUUACGAGUCAUAAGGAACAAGCUGAAUCACUACAGAGAACUCCCGAAAGAACUCCGAGACGUUUUAGGCCCGGUUCCAACAGGAUUCGAGUUCUAUUUCAGUAGCCGGUUUCCGAAACUUCUGAUGGAGGUAUACAAAAUACUGCAAAAAUAUUGUGGGGAAGAAGAAUUCCUCCAUAAGUAUUAUAAACAAGGUACCUUGUUUACCUGAUGACUUGAAAAUGCUGAAUAAGAUCAGGAAUUUGUUGAUGUGCUUCAACAAAAGUU